AUGAGGCUCAUACACAACCGCUACCAUCUCAAGCAACAACUUGCCGAGACAACGUAUGGAGGCAUUUAUCUCUGUACUGACGAGCUCCAAGCCUCACGAUGUGUGGUACUCAAAAGUGUGUCACUCGUCCAUGCCAUCAACAUGUUGGACAUUCGCAACCCUGAACUACAAUCUCCUGAUGACCCACGACAGGAGCGUGCUUUUGCUACUUUUCAGCGCAGCCAGGCGGCCUCCCACCCACACAUUGUGCAAUACGUAGAUGACUUUAUUGAGGGUCAAAUACUGUACUUCGUGCUUGAAUAUUGUGUCGGUGGUGACCUUUACUCUGCAGUGAGCUGUUGUGAAAAUCGACGUCUUGAGUGUGCAAAAGCUCUUGCAGUUGUGAAGCAAAUAGCUAUGGGUGUCGCUUAUUUGCAUAGCCACAGUAUUGCUCAUAGAGACUUGAGUCUUGAGAACGUCAUGCUUAAUCAUGGAGUGUAUAAGAUUGGAGACUUUGGACUAUCGACUAAAGCCGAUAAACUCUGUUUUGGACGCGUGGGGAAGGCGUAUUAUAUGGCACCUGAAGUCGUGGCCACAAGUGAAUUGUACGAUCCCAAGGCAGCAGAUGUCUGGUCGCUUGGCAUCAUUUUUUUCAUUCUCGUGACUGGUUCGCCACUUAUUCAGUUGGCGGCAGAAAAGGACGUGGCUUUCCAAGUGCUACGAAAGGUCGGUGUGCGGGAGGUUCUGCACGUUUGGCAUAUGAAUGAAUUGCUAGAAGAGAGCGAGAUGAUGCUUUUAGAAGGCAUGUUGCAAUGCGAUCCGACUGAGCGAUUGACUAUUGAACAAGUAUUGAAUCAUGAAGCUUUCAUACGAAGGGGCAUUGCGAAUUGA